ACCAAAUCCCCAUCUAUUAUAAAUUAUCCUCAAUUUAGAUCCACUUUCAUUCUAUACAAUAAAGUGGAAAAUAUGAAUCAACUCAAUUUCCAUAAAAUAGCAUUUUUGACUCAAAGCAUAAAACCUCAUAACUAUCUAAUUAAGCUUACUUCAAUAAUAUUGUUAGUUUCAUUAUCUUUGUUUCCUUUCAUAUUUUUUCCUUCUUCAUUAAUUUCUUUCUUCCAUGAAUUCAACUUCUACUUCUCUACAUUCUCUCUUCAACUAUUUACUCACACUAUAGACAAAAAUUGCAUGUUCCUCCUAUGCAAUGGUCUCCUUGUUUUUGUUGGAAUAACAAGAUCUUUAUCUUGGUCUAGUAGUGUUGAUGAAUCUUCCAACUUUGAUAAAGAUGGUUCACAAUCACUAUACUCAAAUGUUGAAGCUAUUAAAGAGUCUAUGUUAGUAGAAGAAAAAGUUAAAAAUAUAAAUUUGGAAGUAGGAAAAGGAAGUAGCAUAUUAGUUUCGGAACAAGAGGAAGAAAUUAGCCUAUUUGAUGAUGGAGAUGAAGACGAAGACGAAGAACAAGAAAUGGUUGAAAGGAUUGAAGAGGAAGAAGUUGUUGAAGAAGCAAAUUUGGUGCUAAGUACUGAGGAGUUGAACAAAAAAUUUGACGACUUCAUUAAAAGGAUGAAGGAAGAUUUGAGGAUUGAAGCUAAAGUUAAGUAGUACAAUGGUUUGAAUUUAAUUAUGAACUUUUUCAUGAUGUUUCUAAUAUUGUAUACUUUUUCUCUUUUAAUUGGAAUUUAGAUUACAAGUUGUAACGGCAUGCUGAAGUAGUUGAUUAUGGCCGACCGAUCUGAAUACAAUGGUAAAGAUUAUUUAGUAAUAAUUAGUUGAUUAUCUUAAUCCAAUGGCAAAGAUUAAAUUAAUAGUCGAGAUCAAUAAAUGGUUUUAUGUUUAUGUGA